AUGACAACUAAUAUGUAUCGUGUCGGAGAUUAUGUGUACGUGGAGAUGUCACCAAUGACUCCGUACCAGAUUCGGCGCAUUGAAGAACUAAAUAAAACACCGAAUGGCAACGUUGAAGCAAAAGUUAUGUGUUUCUACAGACGAAGAGAUCUUCCGACACCCCUUGUGCAAUUAGCUGAUAAGCACCAAAUGGCAACAUCAGAGGACUCACCGGUGGCGAUGAAACUAAAGAAGAUGUGGCUAAAGACGCCUGUUAGCGAAGAACAAGCAGCGCAGGCAGUGCUGGAUCCUGCAUUAGCUGCCCUAGAAGAAGAACGAAACAGUCCGAAUAGUACGACGGGAGGCAGUGAACGCGGAGAGCAUCUCAAUCCGAAGCAGCGUCACCAGAUGAAACAACGGGAGUUGUUUUUAUCGCGGCAAGUGGAAACUCUUCCUGCUACCCAGAUCCGGGCCAAAUGCUCGGUGACAUUGCUGAACGAGGAGGAAUCGCUGCUAAGUUACUUGAACAAAGACGACACUUUCUUCUACUGCUUAGUGUUUGAUCCGACGCAGAAGACGCUACUGGCGGAUAAAGGAGAAAUUCGCGUAGGUGCCCGAUACCAGACAGAUCUGCAGCAGAUGUUGAAAACGGGCGAGAAAGACGAGCGCAAUUUGGACGAACUAGAAACACUCGUCUGGACUCCGCACCAUACGCUCACGGACAAGAAGAUCGAUCAGUUCCUGGUGGUAUCGCGAUCAGUCGGUACCUUUGCUCGGGCACUCGACUGCACCAGCUCUAUUAAGCAACCGUCCCUGCACAUGUCCGCUGCCGCUGCAAGCCGUGAUAUUACUUUAUUUCAUGCAAUGGACACCCUUCAUAAACACAACUAUUCGAUAGAGACUGCAAUGUGUUCACUGGUACCGUCUAGCGGGCCGGUGCUGUGCCGCGACGAGAUGGAAGAGUGGAGCGCUUCAGAGGCCAAUCUGUUCGAAGAUGCGCUUGAGAAAUAUGGCAAAGACUUCAACGAUAUCAGAAACGACUUUCUUCCAUGGAAAACGCUCAAGAGCAUAGUGGAAUACUACUACAUGUGGAAAACGACCGAUCGGUAUGUGCAGCAAAAGCGUGUGAAGGCCGUUGAAGCGGAAUCCAAGCUUAAGCAAGUUUAUAUUCCGAACUACACCAAACCGAGCCCGGCCUUGAUCACUAAUAACAACAAAAGCAUCCUGAACGGUAACUCGAAUGGCAGCAAUGUCGACAUGAUGUUCAACAGCAACAGGGCAUGCGAAUCUUGCGCCACAGCGUCAUCUUCACAGUGGUACUCUUGGGGACCGGUGCACCUGACCAACCGGCUUUGCCAGAGCUGCUGGAAUUACUGGAAGCGUUACGGUGGCCUUAAAGUUGCAUCCCGAUUAGCUGAUAACGGAGAGGUCGACACGGUGUCCACAGUCAACAACAGCAACACCGCUUCUCCGGUAUCCCUGAAGAAGCGUAACGCAGGCAGUGAUAUCGACGAUGAUCUGACGAUUGUUGCCAACUCGGGAACGCUCGGAACGGGCUUAGCAAUGGGAGGUGGAGCAUCGGUAGCAUUAGUUGCCGGUGCUGGUGUCACUGCCGCGGCCGGAGGAUUGAGUAACCAUCGACCGCAUAGCCCGUCGUUUAAGUGCUCAAUUGUGAACUGCGGCAAGGAGUUCAAACUUAAAGCUCACCUUGCGCGGCACUACGCACAAGCGCACGGCAUCCAGAUACGGUCCGGAUCUCCACGGCCAAUCAUGAAAACGCGAACAGCAUUUUAUCUGCACACGACUCUCACUACACGACUCUCGCGACGCCUCUGUCGGCACAUAAUCCGCUCGAAAAAAGCGGCCCGGCAGCCGUCCUACGCAAUCAACAUUGCCAGCGUGAAACAAGAGUUUGCUCAAACUGAAACGACGAGAAGCUCAGCAGAGAUCAAGCGAUUGCUAACCUUCCGCAAAAAGGAGCGUGGUAGCGUGACACACAUCGCCAACCGUCUCGGUAACCCUGGUGCCACUGUAGGUGACUGGUUGCUGUUGACACCGAAGGACAAAAUGCCAAAGCCGGAGGUGGUCGCAUUUCCGAAGCCACCGAAAGCCCCGGACGGAACGCUGUUGUACGAUCGGAUACCAAAUAAAAACGAAGACGGAGCACCGACAUGCGGCAAACUAAAUCCGGUUUCAGGGUCUCCUGCAGUGCUUGCUGGUUGCACUGCGGCGGUUAAUAUGGUGUCCACAGUCGGAGGGGCACUCAGCGGUAAAUUGGCACCAUUGGUUGGUUGUGGCGGUCUGGCGGUUACUCCGAUUGUUAUUGGCAGCACCAACAAUAGUAGUAGCAACAGCAACAAUACUUCCUCAUCAGGCUGCACAGUAAUGGCUCCGUCUGCUAGUGGUGGCAGUGGAAACAGCGUUGCUUCAAUUAAUCUUCAUCCCACAACACUGACCACAAAUAGCAACUCUUCCAACAGCAGUAGCGUUUCCUCUUCAACCACCUUAUCCGCAACAGGAGGAACAUCUCUUAAGCGGCGAACCUACGAGGAUUCGAACGGAGUCGACGGUACGAUUGCCCCACCAGCGAAAAGACCAAACAAGGAUCCAAUGCCAUCGCAUCGUCCGACGCCCGAACAGUACGCGGCAAUGAUAGCCGCCGCUCAGUCGGCCGGUCAACCUCUUCCACGACAUCAUAUGAAUGGUAAACCAAAAAUUGCCCAAAUGGCACGGACCGGUUCCGGUAGGAAGCAAGUUAUUAGUUGGAAUGAUGCCCCGGAUGACGUCUUCUACCAUUCCACCAAAGCGUGCCGCAAAUUACGGCGCGAGAUCCCAAUGCUUGAACUACGUCGUGCUGCGAGGAAACCGUGGAGAAACUUACACCCGAAGUACUCAGCUAUUGUGGCCGCAUUGUUGCCCGUAACUCCCUCGGCACCCAGCCUGCCAGCCCAACUCACCGCACAGCUCGGACACGCGGCGCAGUUAGUAGCCCAUCCUACGGCCACCAACCUUAAUCUUAAUCUCAACGCCGCAGCAGCAGCCGCUGCCGCAGCGCUGGCCGGUGUUCAUCCACUAGCUGCUGCAUCAUCGCUCACCCUUAGCGGGGCAUUAGGUAGCACUGGGAGCGGUGUUGGCGGUAACGCCCCUUCCAUUCCUAGCGCCGGCGGAGGACUCUCAACUUCAUCCUCCUCCGCGACUUCUGGUACAGUUGUGAUGAGUACAACCAGUAGCAACAGUGGCACAAACAACAGUAGCAGCAGCAGCAGCAGCAGUGCAAUCACUGCCGAGAGCAAAAAUAGUGAACUGCAGGUUGUAAUCCUAGACUGACCCGAACCGCCGAAAAACCUGCAAUUUUCCGAGCACCACCAGCAACGUCUAACCCACCAACAUCAACAGCAACAGCAUCGCGUGCAGCAACCGUCAGCGGUGCCCGCGAGUCACCAUCGCCCGCAGCAGCAAUAUCAUUCUCAAAUCCCUCUUUCAUCGCAUCAUCAUCAGCAGCCACAGCAAGACGUCCACGGUGUGCCCUCACAGCAGCAAAACAUGCUGCAUUACAACAGUUCCCAACUACACCAGCAUCAAUUACAGCAAGAACACCACCUACUGUUGCUUCAGCAUAAUCAACAGUGCCAACCGCAACAAAAUAUUGCGCAGCAGCAUCAGCUUCACAACAACUAUCAUCAGCACAAUAAUCUGUUCAAUAGGCAGCAUAAUCAGUCGCAGCAACAACCCCCACAUCCCUAUACGAUGGAAGCACUGCUCAAUUGAAAUCAAAUGUGGGAAAAUGAUGACAGCGCAUGGCAGUGUACUAAAGCAGCGUGUGAAGAAAGCGGUCAUGCAAUGCAUGAGUGAAAGAAAACAGAACAAAGCUACUGAUGUGCGAAGAAGGAAAGGGAUAAGUAUAGAUUUUCGUGCUACCAGCAGACUAGCGCAUUAUUUUUCGCACUAAUUCACCAAACAGUUCAUCUUUGUAUGUUUUUAUGUCUACGAACGACAAGCAGUGAACUAAAUAGAACUAAACAGCAUAAAUUGGCACGCAACAUAAAUUUAUAGUCACUAUAUGAGCAAAGACGUAAAAUGAGAUUGUAGCAAACAAAGCAAAGAAGGCAAAAGGAAAUAGAUAAUAGCUAUAGAAAUAUAGGAGAGAAUGCGACCGCGGGAAACGAGAGCAAACGGUAUCGAGCGGAGAACGGAGACGAAGGUACGCAACGGAGAGUCGAUAAGUUGGCUUAAGUUGCUAAUCUAAAGAUCUAGACGAGAUGGAUUUAGAAGAAUAAUGUUCGGAUUGUGGAGGAAGUUCGGGAAAAAAUUGAACAUAGUGUAAGAUUAUAUGGACCAUCAAAUGGGUUCACAAGCCACCAGACCCCUUAUACAUUUCUAAUAGCUGUGUAAGUUGCAACCGCGAACCGAAGAAGACGUGUGCAAGGAGUGAGUAAACUGACAAUUUCUGCAAAGUAAGAAUAGGGAAUAGAAAAGCACACACUCAGCAGCAUACAGACGGCGGUUGCUGUUGUGGCCUCCCGUUUUCCACAGCGCGCGCACCACGCGGACAGACAUCUUCUACAACGUAAGCGUGACCGAUUAAUCUGGUGAAAACGCGUUUGUCAAGUACGUAAACAAAACUUGUUCUCGAAAUAUGUACAUUCUGCGGAUGCAACGGCAAACUGAGGUUAAAAACUUUUAUGGGUGAAGUUGCCAGGGAACUGAUGGAAACUGCCGUUUGCCGCUCCCAUAGCAGGGAUUUGUUGUGUAAACAAAUAAAAAGCGAGAGUGAGAGAGAUAACAAAAAGCGUAGGACGAAAGAUUAGCUUGAUAAGGACCUUCUGUGGGCAUGCACCAUCUGCAAUACACGCGCCGUUUCGAACCAAAUAAAUGUACAAACGUUGUGUACACUUCGGAAAAUUCUUACAAACACAUCCACGCAAGGUUGCUGGCGCAAAUUAAUCUCCUGGUUAGGCAGUCUGAAAAAGGGAAGGGAAAUGGUACGGAUCCUAAGACACACACGUUCCGCAACAAAGUGCUGCACUCACAGUGCAACUUUGUUUAUAAAACAGAGAGUUAAAUAGGAAAAUGGAACACCAAGCCCCUCUUCCGAAAAGAACACACGUUGGUGCUACAAAAAAGGGUGUUAGUAGCGACCACAUCGGAGCUAGAACUACGAAUUGUUUCGGUGAUAUUCAAACAUCCUUUACAUAUAAAGAAUUGGUAGUAAUACAUAUGCCAGUCUAGAUGAACGUGUGGUUUUAUCAGAUUCCAUAUAUGUUUAGGGCGGGCCUCUACUCAAAGCAAGAGAAAAGUAAAAGGUUCACAAAAACACGAACUCCAGUUUACUGUAAUACAAUAUGUGGUAAACCUUAUGAAGCAGCUUCAUUACACAAUUAUUAGAUACGGUAAUGAAAAUGCACGUGGAUUAUGGAAACGAAACGAAUGCGAUUCACUUCAGCAUUAAUCAGCAAUUACAUGGAAUAGACAAAAAAUAAGAAAUGGCGGGUAGAGCGUGGUUCGGAGUCGUUGUUCAAGCUACUGUUUAAGAUAUCUAUUUGUUUCGUUACUUACGACUGAACGCCGAGAACAUCGCUUACCUUUGUCAACCGAUACGUUCAGCGGUGUUUUUUUAGUAAUGUUUUAGUUCACUUCCAUUAUUCCUCAUUAUGACUUGAAUGCUUGAAUUACCAUGCCGAAUAAAGACUGAGUAGCAAAACGAAAAAAUAAACGAUAAAAAAUAGACCAUGAAAGUGUGGAACAUGUUGAGAGACAUUUGAAAGUGAGACAGCAAACACAUGGGAAAAUUAUCUUGUGUUUUUAGUCGCAGUGUGUUGAAACGUUUUACGAUCGAUUCUUUUAAUAUUAUGUAUCGUACGCCCGCCCUCGUUUGAAGUUUCGUUUGUUUAGCACGAUUAGACUGUUGUUUUGUUCAACAAAUGUUCGACCUUUGUUUGCUGUCUCUUUUUUCACUUGACCAUACUUUGAAACGGCUGUUAUUUUCUCUAACGAAUAUGGCCUCUCUGAGGAAAUUAAAGUUAAAACGAAACAAAUCAGUACGUAAAAAGAAAAGCCACAGCAACUAUCAUGUUUUCUCAUUCGAUCAUCACUUUCCUUUUUCCUCUAGAAAUAGGAUUUGGUGCCCUGUCUUACGCGUACUGUCCGUCGUCUGGCACCGGGAAACGAAUAAAUGAACCGAACGAAGGAAAGCAAGAAUCAGUUUAUUACGUUUAACAAAUAAAUUAGUAAAUUAAACUAUCACCAGCGUGUGACAAAGAUUUGUUUUUGUGAAAAAAGAAAUCAAUAAAAAGCACAUAAAAGAUUACGUGAGGCUGUUUCGAAAUAGUGGAGGACAAAGGCAAACCCGAAAAGGAAACGGACACAAACGCCACUGAGAAAUUCGAGUUGCAUAUUUUUAUUCAAGCAUUAUGAAGCGCAGUACAGUGAAAAGGCUGGCGUCUCAGUCUGCUUCUAAUUUUGCGCAGUUUGAUAAAAAGUAUGAAAUAAAAUGAGUGAAAAUACCGAUCAUGAUUUAAAACGACGAUGAGCAGCGAAAAUAAGGCAAUACACAAGAUAAAAGCAAAAAUGCGUAAAAACAAAAUAUGCGAUCCGAUCAGGUUAUAAAGUUCGAUCAGCACAUAUUGCUUCUCCUCCACUAGGGAAGGGUAGUUGUUUGGUCAUCGAAAGGAUCAAAGGUGCAAGAA